CGAAAAUGUUCGUAGUCUGUCAACGAGAUAGAGAUGUCCAAAUUGGUCUUGUUGGCACUCACGCUCUCCGUCUUGCACACAGGGACGGCGGGCGAGGGGUGUCUGGUGAUAAGUAUCGAGAAUGAGUGGACUGGGAAUUACAACGCUCAGUUCUCUAUCACCACCACCGUCCCUUUCCAAGGCCUUACGAUCUUAAUUACUUUCGACAAUCCGGUGGACACCCUGGAUUACUGGCAGGGCCACGUUGAGUCUACUGACAGCACUCACUUCACACUCACCAACCCAGAGCUCAUUGCUGAGGCUAAUGACUUAAUUGAAUUCGAUAUCCACGUCCAGUAUACGGGUAAUAAGCCGAUAGCUGUGGCGGUCAUCAUGAACGAAGAAGACGUGUGUGAUGGGACCGGGGCGUGGACCACUCACCCACCCUUGGAAAAUCCCUGUCUACCUACUGGCAUGACGCCGUAUGACUACAGCCAAGUGCUGUGCAUGUCCUACUUGUUUUAUGAGGCGCAGAGGUCCGGGCCUCUGCCAGCCACUCAGCGCAUCACCUGGCGGGGAGACUCGGCCCUGGAUGACGGCAGAGAUGUGGGGCUCGACCUGACUGGUGGUUACUAUGACGCUGGAGACCACGUCAAGUUCGGCUUCCCCAUGGCCUUCACCGCUACCAUGCUGGCCUGGGGCAUAAUUGACUUCGCAGAUGGAUACGAGGCAGCAGGCCAGACAGAGAAUGCCCUCGAGGCGGUGAGAUGGGCGACGGAUUACUUCCUGAAGGCGUACCCGGAAGCUACCGAGUUUUAUGGACAGGUGGGCGCUGGGGCUCCUGACCACAGCUUUUGGGGCCGACCAGAGGAGAUGACGAUGGAACGUCCCGCCAUGAAGAUCGAUGCCUCGGCCCCAGGGUCUGAACUGGCAGCAGAAACGGCGGCCGCGUUGGCUGUUGCCUCUAUAGCCUUCAAGGAAGUGGACUCAUCCUACUCUAGCCAGCUGCUGACGGUGGCAGAAGACCUCUACGAUUUUGCUGACAAAUACCGGGGACUGUACCACGAUUCCAUCACCGACGCAGGGAGCUUCUACAGGUCGUGGAGUGGGUAUGGAGAUGAGCUGUGCUGGGCUGCCCUGUGGCUCAACCGCGCUACGGGAGACUCAGGAUACCUACAGAAAGCUCAGGAUGCUUGGGACGAGUUUGAAUUGGGUGGGGACGUCACCCAGUUCUCCUGGGAUGACAAGAGUGCCGGAGCGUUUGCACUGGGGUCGAUGCUUGACCCAACCAACAGCCAGUAUAAGACUGCCCUCAACACCUUCCUCACCUUCCUCAAGAACGACGCCAAGUACACUCCGGACGGCCUCGUCUUUCUGGACAUGUGGGGCGCCAACAGACACGCCGCCAAUGUUGCAUUUAUUGCACUCUGGGAAGCGAAGUAUGGUGACUCUGCUGAGGCUGCUGACAAUAGAGCGUGGGCAACUGGGCAGAUCGGUCAACUCCUAGGGGAAGGCUCCCGCUCCUACGUGGUGGGGUAUGGUGCCAACCCACCUGAGAGGCCCCACCACCGCUCCAGUUCGUGCCCAUGGCCUCCCGCGGCCUGCACCACCAACUGGGCUCAGAUGCAACCCGGACCUAACCCCCACGUGCUCUAUGGCGCCCUGGUAGGCGGGCCUGGAGAGGAUGGUUCCUAUGAAGACGAUCGAAUGGAUUACGUACACAACGAGGUAGCGUGUGAUUACAACGCCGCCUUUUCUGGUGCUCUCGCUGCCAUGGUGGAGCUGAGCUGAACCCUGAACACAGGUGGUAGGGCGCCUGCGCCUGGCACUGCGUGGGUGGAUGGAGCGCCAGAUAACUCGUACUCGUUUGCUACAUUAAUUAAUACAGGUUUUUCGUCAAACUUAUAUAUAUAUAUAUAUAUAUAUAUAUAUAUAUAUAUAUAUAUAUAUAUAUAUAUAUAUAUAUAUAUAUAUAUAUAUAUAUAUAUAUAUAUAUAUAUAUAUAUAUAUAUAUAUUAGUGCACAGUUUAUCCACAUUGGUUAAAUGUUUGGUUUAAAUGACGUAUAAGUUUAUAUUAUUAAAGUUCAAAUACAUACAUUAACCAAACGAGUUUUUGGUGACUCAUACA